AAGAAAUACAAGAAAAAUUGGAAAAACGAACAAAUGCAGUCGGAAUGUCUAUAAAGGCGCACGACGUGUAAUUAUUAUUUUUUUGCGGUGCGCAUGAAAUUUAAUAUAAAAAAUCUAAUAAAUAUUUCAAAGAAAAUUAAUUAAAUAUCCCCUAAAACAAAAGAAAAAUUGCAAAAAAAAAAAAAUUUAAGAAGAAAAAUGUGAAAUAAAAGUUAAAAUUUGUCAACGUAAAAAAAUUGUCGCCAGACAAUUGGAGAAAAAAAAUAUAAAAUACAAAAAAAAAUUAACCAUUUCAAGGAAGAAAAAAGGAAAUCGCAAGAAAAGUUGAAGAAAUUAACAAGUAAAAUGAUGUACUACCAAAUAUUAAUAUUAAAUGGAAACAAUUUUAACAUAUUUCAAAAAUGGCAAAAUUAUUUAUAAAGAUUAAAACAAAUAAUUUAAACGUGAGUUAAUAAAUUAUAGCAAAAAUAAAAGUGCAGACAUUGAAGUGCAAGUGCUCCGUAACACAGCCAGCCACAAUCACCGACAAACGACUCUAGUGUUUAGGGCGUGUUUAAAGUGUUUGGAGAAAUUAAUAAAGAAAUUGUUUAACUUAAAUAUUUAAUAAAAAUAAAUCACCUAUAAGUUUCUUAAAUAACAAAAUAGUUUUGAAGAGGUAAACUUAUUUGCAAAACUUACAACAAAAGAAAAAAGUUGAUACCUUUGAAAAUAAAAAAAUCAAUUUGUAGUUUUUUUUAAUGAUUGCAACUUCCUUUUUGUAGUUACAUUCUUUGGAUACGGUGUCUACUACAAGUGCGAAUUAUAACAACAUAAGCAAAUACAGAUAAAAUUUAAAACGAAGUCUUUCCAUGAAAAGAUAAAUAUAAAUAUACAAAAAAGUGUUAAACAACUUUUUUAAAAUAAAAUAUGUUUUGCAAAAACAAAUAAAAAUAAUUGCCAAAAAUAAAUUCAACUGGGAAAAAAUCUUACAAAAAACCAGCAGCUUUUACACCCACCCACCACCGUUUUGUUAAUUUCCUUGUUUUCUUCUUCAUUCUUCCUAUUUUAAAUUCUCUUCUCAGUAAUACCGUUAUUUCACAAUAGUGUUGUUAGUGUACGUGCUUGACAAAGUGUGUGAGUGUGUGUGUUUAGUUGAUCCUUCGUGUAAUCCUAACAAAAAAAAAACAAUACAUUAUUUUCUCUUAUUGUUGUAAUUUUUUUAACACAAAACAUUUGUCUCAUUUACAACUCUCUUUGUAAAUUUUCUUGUGAGUGUGUAUUUGUGGCUCUGUAUUUACAAUAAAAGUAAAAACGCAAAAGAAGAAAUUUACGAAGAAGAAAAGGAAGUAUUUUCCUGCUUAAUUUAACUCUUAUUUGACUGCCUUUUGACCCCUGUGUUUUUGACAAUAUCACAUAGAAUAGAAAACAAUAAUGGGUGCUCAACAAGGCAAAGAACGUGGCUCGCAUUCUAGCGGCAGCCAUGGUGGCACUGCCAGUUGUAUUGGUGUCUCCAGCAGCAGUCCUGUUGGCUCUCAUGGUUUGCCGGUGAAUGCUUUAGGUGCUGGUUCCACAUUGCGUGGCUCCCGCAUAAAGUCAUCGCUGCCACCAGCUGCUGUCAGCGGUGGUGGUUUACAUCGUUCGGGUGGUGUCUCAUCAGCAUCGUGUCAUAAUCCCAAGGAUAAUCGCUGCAAUCCAAUUGGAUUGAAUAUCUUUACAGAACAUAAUGGCACACUACACAGAAUACCACAACGUGAUACAGGAAAAUAUCAAAUUAAUUUAGAAGCUCUCUUGCAAUCGAGACCCCUGCCACAUAUACCAGCUGGUAGCUCACUACUAGGCGGUGUACCAGACACAGGCGACCUUUUGGGACAAAGUCAAGAUGGCAUUUCAUUGCACACAACACAAUCACAUAGUCAGGGGGGACACAGUUCAACUACAUCGGGGUUUGAGUCAGCCCACAGAUGGACUUCCAAAGAAAAUCUCUUAGCGCCUGGACCCGAAGAAGAUGAUCCACAAUUGUUUGUGGCUUUGUAUGAUUUUCAGGCGGGCGGAGAAAAUCAGUUGAGCCUCAAGAAGGGUGAACAAGUACGCAUAUUAUCGUACAACAAGUCAGGCGAAUGGUGUGAGGCCCACUCCGAUUCAGGCAAUGUGGGCUGGGUGCCCUCAAAUUAUGUUACACCCCUGAAUUCCUUGGAAAAACAUUCCUGGUAUCAUGGUCCCAUAUCGAGAAAUGCGGCCGAAUAUCUAUUAAGUUCGGGUAUAAAUGGUAGUUUCCUGGUAAGAGAAAGUGAAAGUUCACCAGGUCAAAGAAGUAUUAGUUUAAGAUAUGAAGGACGUGUUUAUCAUUAUCGAAUAUCUGAAGAUCCCGAUGGUAAAGUGUUUGUGACAGCCGAAGCCAAAUUUAAUACUCUCGCCGAAUUGGUGCACCACCACAGUGUGCCACACGAGGGUCAUGGACUGAUUACACCCCUCUUGUAUCCAGCACCAAAGCAAAAUAAACCAACAGUAUUUCCUCUAAGUCCCGAACCCGAUGAAUGGGAAAUUUGCCGCACUGAUAUUGUUAUGAAACACAAACUGGGUGGUGGCCAAUAUGGUGAAGUUUAUGAGGCGAUAUGGAAACGUUAUGGCAAUACGGUUGCUGUUAAAACACUUAAAGAAGAUACAAUGGCCCUUAAGGAUUUCCUUGAAGAGGCAGCCAUUAUGAAAGAAAUGAAACAUCCCAAUUUAGUGCAACUAAUUGGUGUAUGUACCCGUGAGCCACCAUUCUAUAUAAUCACUGAAUUUAUGUCUCAUGGCAAUUUGUUGGAUUUCCUGCGAUCAGCCGGUCGUGAGACCCUCGAUGCCGUAGCCCUGCUGUAUAUGGCAACACAAAUAGCGUCGGGCAUGAGUUAUUUGGAAGCUCGUAAUUACAUACAUCGUGACUUGGCUGCCCGUAAUUGUUUGGUGGGCGAUAAUAAAUUGGUUAAAGUGGCCGAUUUUGGUUUGGCUCGUCUGAUGCGUGAUGACACCUAUACGGCACAUGCGGGCGCCAAGUUUCCCAUCAAAUGGACCGCCCCCGAGGGAUUGGCCUACAAUAAGUUCAGUACAAAGUCGGAUGUGUGGGCGUUCGGUGUGCUGCUAUGGGAAAUAGCCACGUAUGGCAUGUCGCCAUAUCCGGGCAUCGAUCUAACCGAUGUUUUUCAUAAAUUGGAGAAAGGUUAUCGCAUGGAAAGGCCACCGGGCUGUCCACCAGAAGUGUAUGAUUUAAUGCGUCAAUGUUGGCAAUGGAAUGCGGCGGAUAGGCCGACAUUUAAAAGCAUACAUCAUGCUUUGGAACAUAUGUUUCAGGAAUCAUCUAUAACCGAAGCGGUCGAAAAACAAUUGAAUGCCACGACAACAACGACGACGACAAAUAUUGGUCAAAGUUUAACGCCACAAAUGUCGAAAAAGGGUAUAAUGCAAGGCAAUACGCAGGGUUCACAGGGUAAUAGUGGUGGUGGUGGUGGCGGUAAUAGUGGUGGUGGUCUAACACCAGGUGGUCAUCACGAUCAGCAAGCCAGUACCCCCAUGUCAGAAACUGGUUCAACCUCAACGAAACUAUUAACGUUUUCCAGUCAAGGCAAAGGUAAUGUGCAAAUGCGUAGAACCACCAACAAACAGGGCAAGCAAGCACCAGCUCCACCCAAAAGAACCAGCCUACUGUCAUCAAGUCGUGAUAGCACAUAUCGUGAUGAGGACAACUCGGCCUCAGCUCGUCAGCUUAUAGAUGAAAUGCAUACCAAUGGUAAAACUGUUUACAAAUCAUUUACCUUAAGUAGAAAUUGUAAACCCCUACAUUCAACCUAUUAUUCUACCACUGCUACUACUGCUUUUAAUAACAACAACGACAAUAACAAUGAUAUUGCUGAUGUUGUUGUUGUUGGCGGCAAUAGUUCUUGUACACAAAAAUUAUUAAAUAGUGAUAGUCAAAAUUAUUCUUCUACUUGUACUACACCUACAAAAUCGUAUCGUACCACAAACAUUGCGAGUACUACUACUAGUUCUACUCCCCCCAACGCGGGUUUUGCUAUAAAAAAAUCCACAUCUUGCAGUAGUUUUCUAGUUGAUAUAUUAUUUCGAGGUCUCACCCGUGACAUAAAUAAUCUUAACCAACGUCACGACUCGGAAAAUGACAAUACAACCGGUGAUCCUGAUACCGAUCAUACAGGCGAUAGUUUGGAACAGAAUUUAACAACACACUCAAAAAUGCAACAUUCCAUGCAUGUUGCCAACAAUAUAGCACCACGUGGUGCCCAGACUCACUCUUCAUUCAAAAGACCCACACCCGUUAUGGGUAAUCGUGGCCUGGAGACACGUCAAAGUAAAAGAUCUCAUCAUGCUGGCAGAACGGAUGCGAACACAGUGGCUGUCACUACACCGACCAUAAAUCAAAUUACACCUGUGGCUCAACCCAUACAAGUGGGAGCUUUGGAGGUAAUGAAUGUUAAGCGUGUGGUAAAUCGCUAUGGAACUUUGCCAAAAGUCCAAAGAAUUGGCCAAUUUCUAGACAGUUUGGAAGACGGUAAUGAGGGCACUGGUGUUGCGACACCCACAAAUGUGGUGGCACCACCAGCUACAAAUGGCCUAAAUGGCAGACUACCUAAGAAUACUCCCCCUCCUUUGGCUGCACCCUUGCCCCAACAAAUGAUACGCAGUAAUUCAUCGGGGGGCGUGACCAUGCAGAAUAAUGCCUCGGCCAGUUUAAAUAAGUUGCAAAGGCAUCGUACUACAGCAGAUGGUAGCAGCAUGAUGACAUUCUCUUCCUUCCGUGGCAAUAGCUCGAGCAAUUCGCCCAAACGUAAUCAACAGCCGGCAUUGGCUAAUUUGGAAUUUCCACCACCUCCUCUGGAUUUGCCACCACCCCCAGAAGAGUUUGAAAAUAUGCCUCCACCACCGCCGCCACAGCCAGAAUGUGAUUUGACAUCUCCUCAACCUUAUACCCUGCAGUUGGGUAUUAAAACCAAAACUAUCUGCAAUGAUGUUUCCAAUACUGCUCCCAGUGUUGAGGAAGCUAGUUCCAGAUUUGGUGUUUCUCUGCGCAAGCGUGAACCCUCUACAGACUCCUGCAGUUCGCUGGGCACACCGGCUCAAAAUGACAACAAUAAUGGCAAUUUGCAAAGUCAAGAAUUAACCAUGAAGGAAAAGUUAAUGGCUGAAAUAAAAGACAGACAGGUCAAAGACAAUUCCUCCACUACGGCCAAUAUACAAAAUGGUAACUCCAGUGUAGAUCCCGUGGCUCUAUUGGUCAACGAAUUGGCCGAGAGUAUGAACUUGCCAAAACAAAACAAGCAAUUGGCCGCAAAUCCUCCAGCACCCAAAUCUCCGGCCUCUACGAAUGAACUAAACUCGGCUAGUAAUACGAACACAUUCAAGGCGCAAUUGAAAAAGGUGGAACCUAAAAAAAUACCCACCCCCACUCAGAAACCCGAAAAUCAAACCAACAUAAUCGAUUUCAAGGCUCACCUACGUAGAGUUGAGACAAAAACCAAUACUCCCGAGACAAGCGCAAAAGACAAAGAUAUUAAAAAAGACUUAGAAAAGGACACUUCAUCCGCAAAUGCAACAUCAUCAACGACUGUUAACAAAUCACCAAAUGCCAAUGCAAAAACCAUCACUAAUUCGUCAGGUUCAUCGACUUUGAAUCGCAAAGAUGAUAAGAAAUUUUCCACCACCACACAUUUAACACAAAAGACUGAAAUUAAAAUUGACCUACAACAGCAGCAGCAGCAACAACAGACAACCCAAAUACAAAAUAAUACCAAUCAAUCGAAUGCCAAUAAUAGCGAAAAUAAUACAGAUUCGACUACAACUUCUGCUGCUACGGCGAACAGUGAGGCCAGCGUGGAAUGUGGAAAACGGCGCAGCACAGGUAGUAUUAAUAGUUUAAAGAAAUUAUGGGAACAACCGGGUCAAACGACUGCAACCGGAAAUCAAAAUCAACCAGAUUAUGCCAGCACACAAAAUAUGCAAGGGAAUGCUACCAUUACCAAUGCCAUCACUACCAACAACAUUAGCUCCUCCACACAAUUGUCUCCUAAAUUUGCAUUUAAACCUACCACUAGUGGUGGUUUAACAACACCCACAUCUGGCACCAACUCCUCGCAACUACUGCAACAACAACAACGUUAUCCCCUUAGUAGCACACAAAUAUCACCCAGAAUUACCAACAAUAAUAGCAAUAGACCACCACCAUUACAACCUCCACCCCCACCACCUCCUCAACACCACCAACAACAUCAUCAUCAACAACAGCAACAUUCAUCCCAUACCAAUUCCAACAAUCAUAGUAACUCAACAACAUCCACACAUUUAACAAAUUCUAUUUCCACACAAUUCACAGAACUCAACACAGUUAAUAGUUCACACAAAACUACAUCCGCAGCAGCAGCAGGAGAAGAUUCGCAACAGCAGCAGCAAGAAAAUGAUCUCAUGACUCAGUCCAUGUUCGUGGAAAAUACCAACUCAUCUGCCGGAGUCAAUAACAAACUCACCACAUCGACUAUAAACUCAAAACCAGCCGUGCCACUAAAACCCACCAAACUCACCAUUUACGCCACGCCCAUGGCUCAGAAAAUUGCCUCAGCUGGUGGCAAUACAGACAUCACAACCAACACCAACACUACCACCACAAACUCAACCACCAAUAACGCAGCGCCCGAAAACUCAACAAAAAUCUCACGAGAAAGUAUUUUGGAAUUGGUGGGUCUCUUGGAGGGCUCCCUCAAGCAUCCCGUCAACACCAUAUCGGCUUCACAAUGGCUACAACUCAGCGAUAAAUUGAAUAUACUACAAAACUCUUGUGUCGUCUUUGCCGACAACGAGUGCAUGCCGCCACACUCGAAAUUCCAUUUUCGUGAGCUGGUCACGCGGGUGGAAACACAAUCGCAAUCAUUGCGUACAGCCGGUACGAAAAAUGUCCAGGACAAUGAACGUUUGGUCACCGAAGUUGGUCAAUCACUCAAACAGAUAACGAAUGCAUUGCAUAGGUAAAUAUUAAGAAACGGGGUGGGCGGGGAAUUGUGGUUAGAUUCAGAGGGGAAUUUUAUAAAAAGACAAAAAUAAAGCAACAAAAAAAAUAUAUACGAAAUAACAAAAAAACAACACACAACUCCAAAGAUAAAAGACAGAUUUAUAAUUAAAUACAUAAUAAUAAAAAAGGGAAGUAAAGAUAAAACUUAAAUAUAGUACAUACAACAAUACAUACACAUAUGCAUACAUACAAUUUAUACAUAAAAUUUAUGAAAAAAUAAAAGAAUAUAAAAUUCCCAGCUAAAUCUUAGUGAGAUUUGUUUAUGGAAUUUAAAAAUACGUACAUAUGUUGGAUUAAUGGAUUUUUCUAUAUAAUUUUUAUUAAGAUAUUGGGAGAAAAUUUUAAUAACUUACUUACUACCUCUAAAACUAGGAUAAGUAAGUUAUCAACUUUUAAAUAAUCUCAUUUAUUGCAAUAUUGAAAGCCACAAAUCAAACCAAACAAAGAGUUCUACCAAUAACUAAAAUUCAUAGACUUUCACUUGUGUUUUAUGAAACUUUUUCAUAAAAUCUGAAUAAAUUUUUAUAAAAACUUUUUUUAAAAUUUUUAUUGGCAUUUUUGGAGCACAAUCUAUCUAUCUAUAUAUAUAAAAAUGAAAUGGUCCAUGUAUGUAAUGUCAUCACGUGAGAACGGCUGGAGCGAUUUGUCUGAUUUUUUUUUAUUCGAUUCGAAAUUUUCAGGAGAUGGUUUGUAAAGAAAAAAAUUUUAAAAAUUACAGCUAAAACCGGCUUUUUUGAGUCCAGUCAACUGUAAUAAAAUUUAGAUAUUUUAUUUACAAAAAAAUAAGAACAGGCAGGGUUGGAGAAACUUGACGAACUAACAUUAGUAAAUCCUACCGGGCGAAGCCGGGGCUGUCAACUAGUUUAUAAUAAAUCUUAACAGAUUUUAAUUACCGAACAAACAUAUUAUACAACAGUCUUAUGACAUUAGAAGAUUCAAAAUUGAUAUAUUUGGGGGAUUACAACGGUCUGCUA